GCGCAUGUACCAGGCCUUUCCGACCGUGAACCGUUCGCUGGUGUAGAAGGUUUCUCUGUUUCCUGGAAUAGUUUUCUCUUCUGCGCCUGUGUGUGGCAGUUAAUUAGGUUUUGUUUUUUUUUUUCUUCGCAACGCCAAGGGCGCCACGGGUGCCUUUGGACUAGAGAAUCCUGGUGUCGGCGUGCGGCGACAGCGCAGCUCGGGCCUCGGGGCGGGUGUGGCCGCAGGUUUCUAGCUGCCCGCCCUCGGCGGUUCUGCGGGACUUUCUGUCUCCGAGAGGUGACAGUGGGAAGACAGAGCCCCACUCUAAGGUCUGACUUUUCCAAGAAACUCAAAUUCCCCGCAGAGGGCACCGCGAUUUGUCUUCGUUUUAGUAGAGAAGGUUUAUUCUUCAAGAUACUUUGGAAAUGCCACAUUUUAACUCAGGGGUGUACCCUUAAAAAUUUGUUUUUCAACAUUUAAGCACAGGCAGCUUGAUAAACUCUGGGAGAACAAUGGCGGGCAAAAGCAGACCUGCACUCAUGGGACUUGUGGUCUAGCGGGAGACAAGCGUUAAUGAAGUAACCAUGCAAAACAUGCCAAAUUAUAACUGAACAUUUGUCUUGUAUUACCCAGAUUUCAUCUGCUGAAAACACCCAGCAUACUUUUUAUAUCGUUUUUCUUUUUCUUUUUUUUUUAAUCGAUGCCAACCUCCUUAGAUUUAGUACUCUCCCCACCUUGGGAAACUUCUACGGUAUUGAAAAGAUAACUUACGCAUCACUUCUUUGAUAUCUUUAACUCCCUUGUCUUUUCUUCAGUUCUGUAGCACCUAGUAGACCUCUACAAACACUGAUAUUGCAAGCACCCAGUGCAGUUUCUGGCACAGAGCUAUUUCAAAUAAGGCCAAUACUUCUUCCAAGUGUCUUCUGCCUGCCCUCUGCCCCCGAAAAGUCAGAAAACUCUGGAUAUAUUCUUCCCUCACCUCCAGCUUUUGAGAAAUAAUUGGCAUAUAACACUGUCUCCGGUUUUCAAAAGAAGCGAGGUCAAGAUGAAGAACCAUUUGCUUUUCUGGGGAGUCCUGGUCAUUUUUAUUAAGGCUAUUCUUGUGACAGCCCAAGAUGAAGAUGAAAGGAUUCUUCUUGUAGACAACAAAUGUAAGUGUGCCCGCAUCACUUCUAGGAUCAUCCCUUCUCCUGAAGACCCUAGUCAAGAUAUUGUGGAGAGAAACAUCAGAAUUAAAGUUCCUCUGAACAACAGGGAGAAUAUCUCUGAUCCCACCUCACCAAGGAGAACCAAUUUCGUGUACCAUUUGUCUGACCUCUGUAAAAAUUGUGACCCUACAGAAGUGGAGCUGGAUAAUCAAGUAGUUACUGUCACCCAGAGCAAUAUCUGUGAUGAAGACAAUGAGACCUGCUAUGCUUAUGACAGAAACAAGUGCUACACAAAUAGGGUCCCACUUUUGUAUGGUGGUAAGACCAUAAUGGUGGAAACAGCCCUGACCCCGGAUUCCUGCUAUCCUGACUAAUCUCGGUCAUUGCUGACUGCAUAGCUCUUUAUCUUGAAAGGCUCUCCAUUUUGAUCCAGAAAAUUAAUAUAUUUACUACCAAUGAAUUUGAAAUCACGUUUUUUUUUGAUGAUGUAAAACUAACUCCCCUUCCCCCAAAAUUUAAAUGGGAGCAUUGUCAUUUUUAUUAGGUAAUUACUUCUCAGCUGUAUGUUCACACUCUAAGUAUUGAAUCUCUAACUUAUCCUUGCCUAAAGGCAUAUACUCCUUAAGAAUAUAAUUUCCAGUAUUUAAAAAAAUAGUCAAGGUGAGAAAAUAAAACUCAAGGUUAAAAAUCAGAAGACAUUAUUAAAAUUUGUCUUUUUGAAAGAUGGGGGUUUGCCUUGGAGAGCCAGAGCUUUUGCACAUUCCAUGCUGUUCUUUUUUAAAAAAGUAAGACUGUGUAGAGAAAAUUGAUAUAUAGACAUACAUCAGUUAUAGGUCUUCAUUAGAAAAAUAAUGAUUGGAAAACAUGUUUUGGAAAUAUCUGUAAAACUAAUGUAAUAUGGGAUCUCUAAUAUUUAUGAUACCAAUUAGCUGAAGGUGACAUAAUUAAAUGCAUAGCUGAAAAUAUAUUUUGAUGUAACACAGUAGAUGAUACAGAUGUUUUGAAAAUCAGGAUAGUGUAAGAAAUUCCCAUUGGAAAUCAUCUGUGUUGUAACCGAAUCUAAUUAAAUAUGUAUUCCAAAAUAUUAUUCUCUAGCACAGUUUGAACAAUUAAAUAGAUUCAUAAGCAUAUACCUGUGUGAAAUAAUUUGUUGGAAAAAAGUUUGUGCUAACUUUUUUGUAAGUGAAAACAUAAUUUAUUAUGGAUAGUUUAUAAGUAUGAUAUAAUUAUGCAUUAAUCACUGAAUUCAUACAUGUACAUAUUUGAGGUAGCUUUAUCAUUUAAACCUAAAAGUAAAUGGUAAGAUUCCUCCUGGCAAACAUAGUGUUAAUCAUGGCACAUGAUCUUUUUUUGUGGCAGAAAGCCAAGGCCAACUGACAUACAUAUCUAAGGGUACUGUGGAAUGUAAAUUUUGAUUCUGGAUUUAAAAUAAUGGGAGACUGAUUAGUAAAAGACAGUUUCUUGAUGAAGAAUUAUUUCUUUUUUUAAAUGGUAAUAGUAAUUUUUAAUAACUUUCACUGUGUUCAUGCAGAUUAUUCAGUGUUUUUUUGUUUGUUUUUUUGUUCUUUUUAUGAGUAAGGCUAGGAUACUCUGGUGCUUCAGUAGAAAUAAUAGUUUUGAUGUGCUAAAGAUACAUCGUUCUUGACUAAUCUUCAAUCUAUUAUUCUGUUUUAUCCAAGUCUUUGAGUUUUGUUUAAUCAGUAAACAUUUAUUGAAUAUUUACCUCAUGCAAGGAACUAUGCUAGAUUUUUUAGUGAUUAAACUGUGAGAAGUACCCUCAAGAUAGUCUUUGUUGCCACUCACUCUCUAGAACUCUGCUCACUUGUCGUCUUCUCCAUGACCAUUUUUUAAAAAUUGCAAACCCACUGUCUUAUCUUGGUUUAUUUCCUCCCAUGUACAGAUCACCCUCUAGCAGACUAUAUAAUUUGCUUAUUAAUCUUGUUUAUGACCUGUCUCUCCCCACCAGAACAUAAGCUCCACAAGUGCAGGCCUUUUUAUUUUGCCCAGUGAUACAUCCUCAGCACCUGGCACAUUGAGGCACUCAAUAAAUUUUUGCUGAAUGAAUGAACAUGAGUACAACUUAGUUGAGAAGACAAGACAUAUGCAUAAGUAAUCACAGUCAUUUGGCAGACUCUCAUAAAGGCAAAGAAAUAGGUUCCAAAGUGUUAUGAGAAUUUAUGGGAGACUUUCUUUUCUUCUUCCCUUUUUAUUGAGAUAUAAUUGACAUAAAAUACUGUAUAUGUUUAAGGUGUAUAGCAUAAUGACUUGACAUAUGUAUCUAUUAUUUAUUGCGAAAUGAUUACCACAUAAAUUUAGUUGACAUCUACCACCUCGUAUAGUUACAAAACAUUUUUUCCCCUUGUGUUAAGAACUUUUAGGGGGAGACUGUUUCUUAAGAGCCUUCUCUACUCUCCCCAUCUUUGCCUUCCUUUUUCUCCAUACCCAAUAGACAGUUUGUGUUACCAUGCGGAGAUUCUUAUAGGAAAGACUCCUAUUCCAGCAUCAUUGCCUCAUUAAAUACCAGCUGAAAGAAGACUGCAAAUGUACAGUCCUGUAGGUCUACCUUCUUUCAGAAGUUCAGUUAAACUUUAAGACCAUCAUAUUAAUAUCAAUUUAGCACUGCCUAUGCACUAGGCACCAAUCUAAUGCUUUAUUAAGCAUUAACUCAUUCAAUAUAAAUCCAGAAUAGCAGGUGGCUCUGAAAUGAGUUAUGAAAGAAUGAGUAAAGCCUUCCUAUUUACUUCAUUCACAUGUUUGCCUGUAUUAUGAACAAUUUAGCAGGGAAACACUAAGGAAUCAAUGUAGAUGAGGCAGCUGUGAAAGGAGUCUCUUGGUUCUUUGCAGUGAGCAUAUUUGACCUGUGGCUCUGAUAUCCACCACUACGUUUGUGUGAGGUCUAUGGGCUGCACCCAGCCAAUGAUGACUGAGUGUGGCAAUGAUACUAAGAUAGGCCGAUUCGUGGGAGACACAGGACUCUUCUGAUGGGUGACUGACUGGAGAACUCCCCAUCAGCUUCACUGAAAAUUUAUUGGCAGCACUACACCACUGUUAGAUUUUGCCUACUCAACCUUCAUUCCUACCCUGUUUCCUCCACAUAGGUCAGACCUGUAUCAGAGUAUGGUGGCUCUCCUAGCCUUCUUAGGCUUGAACCCAUUUUCUUUUACAGAUGUUUUUCCUAAUAAAUCUCUUGUAAUAUUAAUCUCAUCUUGGAUUCUGCUUCUGCAGAGCCUGAAUUAACAAAGUAGCCAAUUAUGAAGUAUGUGAUUUAAUGAUGAUGAUGAUGAUAUGGAGCAUUCUUCCCAUGCCGUGUGAUAUAUCUGUCAUUGUAUCCUCAGAAUAACUCUUGGGUUUACUUUUUUUAUGUUGUAAAUGAGCAGACCAAUUCAGUGGGUAAUUAACUAUUUGACUGGUUUACUCAUCUAGUAAAUGGCAAUGAAAACUCUGAAUCACUGUCAUAGCCUGAACAAAUAUCAAUAGAAGCUCUUGGUAAUCAUUUAUGCCCACUAUGACAUUUUCCUACAGUUCAUGUGACAUUUGAGGUUAAUGUGACCAAUAUAUUGACCUGUCCAAUAAGUCAACUAUUUUUGUACUUUUUGUCCUCUUUUAGAUUUGAAUUAAAUGGAUGAUAUUUUAAAAAGACA